AUGCAGUGUCCAUCAGACAGGAAGGUACAUUUGGCAGUAUUUCUGUUGGAUGGGGAAGCUGAGUACUGGUGGGUAGGCCAGCAGGAGGCCAAGUUUCAGGGCAGAUUGAACUCUUUGAUUACUUGGGAAGAGUUUACUGAGGCAUUCCGAGAUUGGUUUGUUCCCCCAUCUACCGUGCAGCAGAUGCAGGAGAGUUUUCUGAGGCUGGUUCAGGGGAGCAAGACAGUGAUGCAGUAUGUGGCAGAGUUUACUGCCUUAGCCCGAUAUACUCCGCAGCUGGUGAGUACUUCUGCUGCGAAGUGCUACCAUUUUCUAAGGGGACUACGAGACAGUUUGAGGCAGCCCCUGGUACCAUUUCACAUUUCUGAUUUCUCUGAGCUUGUUGAGAGAGCUCAUCUGAUAGAGAACGAUCUGAUAGCUACUCAGCAGCGGUGGACUGCGAGUAGGAAGAGGUUUGGGGGUGAUGCUUCUGGUAGCAGUUCCUCUGGUAAGAGGAGAUUCGUUUCUGGUUCUGGAGACUCCAGGAAGAGUGGACAGUCAGAAUUUUCUGGUACUGCUACGCCUAGUACGACUAGUUCUGGAUCUGCUGGGUUUGAUCGACGAUCUAAUUUCCGAUCUGAGGGAUUUGUUAGACCUGCCGGUUUAGUAGGAAGAUCGAGGACUGUUCCUCCACGCCCUGUUUCUAAGGGAUUUUCUGUUCCAGCUCCAGUUCAGUCACGAGUAUACAGUCUGAGUCAGCAGAAGGCUCGAGAUUCUCUGGAUGUGGUGACAGCCAGUCACUCAUUUUUGUCCGAGCGUUGUUUUGAUGCCUUGCAUCUGCCUUCGAUUUUGUUGCCGGUUUCUCUUUCUGUGAUUUUGCCUGCUGGAAGUAAUUUGAUUGCUCGGAAGUUUUGUUUUUGUGUGGUUGAGAUUGCUGGCAAGAAGUGGAAAUCAAGUUUGAUUUUUUUGCCGAUUUCUUUGUAUGAUGUGAUUUUGGGUAUGGAUUGA